AUGCCGUCGCAGGCACCCAUGGCUCUCCGCCUCAGUGGUCAGCUUUUGCUCGGCGUCGUCAGGAUCUACAGCCGGAAAGCCCGAACACCAUCGAAAUGGGUCGUGACGCGCCAGAUGCGCGGACCAGCAGAGGACGACGUAUUCAGCGAACUAGAUGUGACCGCCCGUCAAAAGGACCUACCGGGCCGCGAGGAGUCGCUGGCCCUCGACUUUGGUGAUGGAGAGCCACGUAUUGCCGACAAUGACGGUGACAUUACCAUGGGCAUGGACGAUGCCGACUUCCACUUCAACGAUGUCGAUCACUCUGAGCUUCCCGCUCCUUUGGCUCAACCGGACAUCAAUCGUGCGCGCAUCUCUGAGUCGCCCCUCUCCGACAUUGACGAGGACAUCACCGCGAGACUGAACGAGGAAGUUUCUCAAUGGCAGAACGCGGACCUCUACGAGCCGACCGAAGAACAAGAUCAGUCUCUGGUGCGUCACACGCAGAGGGCGAGGAAGAGAAAGGUGCUGGUUCCAGACGACCAGACCAUGCUGUCCAGCAAUGCCAUCAAGGAACAGCAGGCGAAUCGCGAUAACAUCCUGAAGCCUCAGUCCUUCCUGCCAAGGGAUCCCUUCGUGCUGGCCCUGGUUGAUAUGCAGAAGAGCGGCGGGUUCGUCUCCAAUAUCUUGCUCGACGGUCGUAGUGCGGCCUGGGCACCUGAACUGCGGGGCCUGCUGUCUUUCGGACCUGGACGCGCGCCAGAGCUCAAGAGGAAACGCGACAGCGGGAUUGCUGAUAUGGAGAGCGACAAUGACAACGCUGCAUCCAAGUCUCCACGCCUGGAAAUCGGCGAGGACGACGACUUUGCUGUUGGCGAUGCUGGCCUCAACAGAUCUAGCAUCGUGGCCGAUGACGGCACGGUACUCGAGAUCGCUGCUGAUGACGACGACAUGGGCUUCCAGAUGGGCGAUGAUGAUGGCCAGACCGGCGAGAUUGAGGGUAACACGAUACCCGCUUUCGACGACACGGUCGCCCCCAUCGUCCACCCUCAGGACAGCGGGCCUGUGUCGCUCGGCACCAAGCAUGCCGUACACAUUCUUCGCGACCUCUUCGGCGCCGACGCCGAGAACGACGACGAGAAGCGCAGCAAGACGUCCGUUGUCUUCCAGGACCUCCUCCCUGAGAGGCGGACCACCAAAGCCGACGCGACCAAGAUGUUCUUCGAGUGCCUCGUGCUCGCAACGAAGGAUGCCAUCAAGGUCGAGCAGGGUGAUGCCCUCGGCGCUCCCAUCCGUGUCCGCGCAAGCGUGGCCUCUGGGGCGCGUGCUGAGCGCGAGGCGGCGCGAGAUCGCGAGGAGGAGCAGUGCGACGAGCUGAGCAGCGAUGUCAAGAGGACGGCUGUCAGGCGAACGGGGUGA